AUGGCUCUGCCGUAUCUGCGCGCUUCUCUGGACUCUCCGCGCAAACACACCUUCUCUGCCUUCCCGGCAAACUUCAUGGCUAACUUUCGUCAUCGGCAUGUCAGGCGGGAAUAUCACAUCGUUGUGCUGGGCGCCGGUGGUGUUGGGAAGAGCUGCUUGACCGCUCAGUUCGUACAGAAUAUAUGGAUUGAGAGCUAUGAUCCGACUAUCGAAGAUUCCUACAGAAAGGUACUUGCGGUAGAUGUGAGUGUCAGCCGCUGGACGGCCAUGUUUGCUCGAAAUAUUGGAUACAGCUGGGACGGAACAGUUCACCGCCAUGAGGGAACUAUACAUGAAACAAGGCGAAGGCUUCCUCCUCGUCUUCUCCAUAACGAGCAUGUCCUCCCUGAUGAACUACAAGAGCUCCGCGAACAGAUCAUCCGUAUCAAAGACGACGAGAAAGUCCCCAUAGUCAUCGUCGGUAACAAGUCAGAUCUUGAGGAAGACCGCGCCGUUUCACGAUCGCGCGCCUUCGCUCUAUCCCAACAGUGGGGGAAUGCUCCAUACUACGAGACUUCCGCACGAAGACGAGCGAACGUAGACGAAGCGUUCAUAGACCUCUGUCGGCAAAUUAUACGGAAAGAUAUCCGAUCCAAUAAAGACCGAGAUAGAGAUUACGGAGGGAGUCGCAAGAAGGAGGCAAGCGGAACAGCCGACAAGCGGCGGAAUCGGAGGAGGACGAAGAUGAAGACUGAUUGUGUGAUUCUUUGA